AUGAUGCGGGCAUCAGUGGUACCAUCGCGACGACUGCGACCACUCCUUUUCCUCUCGCUGCUCGUGAUACUACUACGAACACCGACAAAAACGAACGCGUACUCUUCUUCUUCUUCUUCUUCUUCUUCAACGACGACGACUCGGACGACGCCGAGUUUGUUUCUUUCCGACAUCUUCCAAAAGAUGAAAUCGCAAAUAUUCUACGACCAAACUGGACAGUCCGCGCCGACGAAAUCGAUCUCAAAGAUUAAGAUUCACGGUUCGAGAGAUUCGAACGUGUUCGAAACCGACGACGUGGCGCCGAUGACGGAGGAAGAAGUGGAGGAAUCUUUAGCCGAGCACGAAGAUGCCGAGGAGGAGGGGGAGGAAGGCCCAUACGUGGUAGAGAAGAAGAGAAAAGAGGACGGAGAGGAUGACGACGGGAAGAUUGAAGAAGGCGAAGAGGAAGAGAAAGACGGCUCGAUAACAGAUGCGACGUUUGAGAUGAAAGUCAGUCACAACGCGAGGUGGUGCGGAGGACAAACGUCUGGAUUUGGAUGGAAGGCGAGGAGCGAAGCGGAGAAGCACAGGAAGAAUUUAGCGAAGAAUAGCGAGAGGCGCAGAAGUGAAUGGGGGGGGAGAAGGAGGAUGUUAAUGCCUUCUGUCGAUGGAGAUAUAGGAAUAGUAGAAGAGAGUGACGGUGACGACGAAAACGACGACGACGAAAACGAGAGCAUACUGCGAACGAUGCUUAAAUUGAACAACAACGCGACGACGUGGUCUUUCGUUCAAGACGAAGAAACUGAUGUAUCCAUAGAAAACGUACAAAGAAGAAACACGCUCGCGCUUCGAGCGCCGCGAGGUGGGAGGACUCGAGGUGGUACCGGUACCACUCCAAUCUCCGGUAAAUACUCCCAAGGGUAUUUCGGGUGCGAACGAAUUUGGGGUAAAAUCAAAAACGAAAACGAGAAUAAAGCCACGCGAGUCGACGCCAUUCCCGAUAACGAAUUGUCGCCUGGAUUGAGAGCGGUGAAAAUGUGCAUCAAAGACAUCUCAAAAUGUGGCGCAGACGCCAUGAGAGGAGCGGCAGAGUUACCGUCCACGUCUCUCAUUCACGCGUUGCCAAACUCGGGGAAGAAGAAGUAUAACUCGUGCGCCGUCGUCGGCAACGCCGGGACGUUGUUGAAAUCGAAGGAGUACGGAGAGGCUAUCGAUAAACACGACGUCGUCAUGCGCUUCAACGUGAUGACUUUAACCGCGCAACUCGCAGCCAACGUCGGCACGAGAACGACGUUUCGAAUGGUGAAUCAUUUACGUAGUCGGCACGCGUGCUGUCCGAAAAGUCAAGGUGGAAAAGGUAAAAUGCCCGAAAAAGGAGGCAAAGCAAAAGGGAUGAGUUUAAUCUUGUGGCAUCCCGGGCGACAAGCGCAGCUUUUACGAGCGUGUAAAAAGAACAUUCCAAACGCUAAAGUGACUUCAAUACCGGAAUCUUACAUUAAGAAAGAAGUCAACGCGAUGAAUGCCAUGCGUAAAGAUUUAAUGCGAUUAGGAUUUGGUCCGUUUAACGAUUGGAAACAAGGCACGUCUGGAUUCCACGGGAUCUUAUUGCUCGCCGGAAUGUGCGACCAUUUAUCCUUGUACGGCAUCACCAGUUUCAGCGCCAAGAAAGGUAAAUCGAAAGGUCCAGAUCAAUACGGAGGCAGAGGAAGUAAGAACAUGGCCAGCUGGGUGUGGCAUGAUUGGGAAGGCGAGGCGUACGCGUGGCGAUUAUUACACGCCACCGGAAAAGCAACCGUGUGUUCCAACUCGUGA